AUGAACGAUGAUGCCCUAGACCGACCACAUACAGCUUCGCCGAGGCCUGCCAGCAUUGCUCCCUCCGCUAGUACGUUGGCAGGGACGGGCCUUCGAAGUGGUCACGAGGCUGGCUUUGUGCAGCCAUCUUCCUAUCUCCGGCCCCGGGGUCUAUCCCGCCCCAUGACUCCCGCUCAACCAGAACGAGCUGUCGAUCGCGAUGAAAGAUUAGCGCUGCGCGAAGUCCGAAACCUCCUCAAAGACCAUACCAGCUAUGACAUUUUACCUCUUAGUUUCCGUCUCGUUAUUUUUGACACCGCCCUCUCAGUGAAGGAGAGUCUCAACAUUUUGACCCAGAACGGAAUUGUUUCUGCUCCGCUAUGGGACUCUACCACCUCAACUUUUGCCGGCUUACUCACCACGUCGGAUUAUAUCAAUGUUAUUCAGUACUACUUCCAGCACCCAGCCGCAUUGGCAAAAAUAGACCAGUUCCGCCUCAACAGUCUUCGUGAAGUUGAAAGAGCCCUUGGUGUGGCUCCACCAGAAACUGUCUCAAUUGACCCUGAACGGCCGCUUUAUGAGGCAUGCCGGCGAAUGCUCUCCUCCAGAGCACGUAGGAUACCUUUAGUGUCGUACGAUUCUCAGACCGAAAGACCCUUGGUAGUUAGCGUAAUCACGCAGUACCGCAUUCUAAAGUUUGUAGCUAUAAACGUUCCUUUAGCAGCGCAAAAGUUGCGGAAACCCUUGAGAGAAAUAAAUGUCGGGACUUACAAGGACAUUGUAACUGCUACCAUGGACACACCUGUCAUUCAUGUCAUCCACAAGUUGGUGGAGCGCAGCAUAUCCAGCGUUCCCAUCAUUAACUCAGAAGGCGUAGUAUAUAACGUUUUCGAAGCCGUCGAUGUCAUCACAUUGAUAAAAGGAGGGGUAUAUGAUGACCUUAACCUUGGAGUAGGCGAAGCUUUGAAAAAGCGCCCGGUUGGUUUUCCCGGAAUCUAUACGUGUUCGCCUGAUGAUGGCCUUGACACCAUACUUGCUACAAUCAGUCGGUCACGGGUUCAUCGUUUGGUUGUUGUGGAUGACCAUUUCCGCCUCAAAGGCGUUCUCGCAUUGAGCGACAUUCUACGCUAUCUCCUUCUAGAGGGCGAGCCAGACGAGCCAUGA